AUGGCAGACUUUGACGCCCCGUCAGGCCCUCCGCCUCCCAGGGUACCCGAAGGUUGGGUUGCCCGCUGGAACGACCAGUACAAGGAGUGGUUCUACGUCAACACCUACACCAAGAAGUCACAAUGGGACAAGCCCACAGCACCAGCCGUCAACCCAGAUGACGGUGCACCAGCCGGUCCUCCGCCGGGCUACACACCUGGUGGCGGUCAUGCGCCAUCCGACACAAAGCACAACCCGUUCGUGAACGAGUCGACGAGGCCCGGCGGGCCCGGCGGCCCCAGCGAAGACGAGCGGCUCGCGCGCCAGCUGCAGGAGGAAGAGAACGCUCGCGCACGUGGUAGCUCGGGCGGCGGCGCCGCAUCGUCCUACCUCGACAACUCGAGCCACCCGCCCCAGAGCCACUCGCCUUAUCCCGACCAGCUGCCUGCUCGACCUGGCGAGGUCAGAGGCAGCGGCUCGAGCGGCAACGGCGACAAGGCCAAGGGAUUUCUGGGCAAGCUCUUCAACAGUGGCAAACAAAAGUACUCUGGCGGCGGCGGCAGCUACGGCCAGGGUGGUUACCCACAGCAGCAGCAGCAGCAAUAUGGCGGCGGUGGUUACGGGGCACCUCAGCAGGGCUACGGUGGUCAGCAGCAGCAGUACUAUCCCCAGCAACAAGGCGGUUACUAUGGCGGCCCCCCGCAGCAGCAGGGCUAUGGUGGCUACCCCCAGCAAGGCUACGGCGGCGGCUAUGGCCAGCAACAACGUCCGGCUAAGAGCUCCGGCGGCGGUAUGGGCAUGAUGGGUGGCGCAGCUCUCGGUGUCGGAGCUGGUGUGUUGGGUGGUGCGCUGAUUGCACAUGAAAUCGACGAGUCGCAAGAGGAGGCGUACCAGGACGGUUACAAUGAUGGCAACGAUGGCGAUGAUUUCGGCGGUGGUGAUGAUUUCUAA